AUGGAGAAGAAGAUAAACACAGAACUUUCAAGGACAGAGUUUUCUUCUCAAGAAGACCUCAGAAGGCAUGCAUCCUUUGUCCAAACAAUGAUAAGGGACUAUGAAAAGAAUCUUUACGAAAAAGGAGAAUAUGACGACUCAUCCAAAAGUAGGGUUAAGGAUUGGAGGGAUAGGCUGUACAAGAUUACUCAGGAGCAUAAGGACACCUCUGAAGGUGCGGAAAACCUUGAUGAGCUUGAAAACACAGUGAAGCUUGUCCAUAGACAAAUAGGAAAGGCCGAUACCAACCAGCAGAUAUUGGGCAAAAGUACUCUAAAACUUAUGGGAUUAAAUUAUACGAGCAAUGACAUCGAAAAGGUUCUAGUGGACACUAGGAGAAAGAUUAAAGAGAGCCAAAGGCAAGAGAGAACCGAGGGGUUCCUGGUUUUGGCAGCCCUUUUGGUAUUCAUGCUGGUCUGUAUCUUGAUACUGUUUGACAAAUUUGUUUCAAGCGGCUGA